AUGGACAACCAGAACCUCAUCAGCUCGUCGUCCUCCCCUCCACCGAUCCUCCGCCUGUCGAACGAGCUCCUCGACACCAUCUUCAGCCUCGCCUACGACAACGAGCCCAAGCACUGGGCCGGGCAGAUGCCCGUCUGCCGCCGCCUCCUGUCGUUCCACCGCGCCCAGCUCUACCGCCGGGUCCAACUGCGCUCAUACGCCGCGCUCAAGUCGUUCCAUCGGACUGUCGUGGCAUCAAGCAGCAUCGCAGAGCUCGUGCGGCACGUGGAAAUGUCGGGUUGGCGCUCGGAGAACGUCGACGCCGCCGGCGCCGCGCGAGGAUGGCGGGCGGGACGUGGCGACGACGAGGGCGACUGCAAGCUGGUGACGCCUGUCGAGUUCGCCGCCCUCGUACCGCGCAUGGUCCAUCUCGAGUCGCUCAAGGCGUACGACCUCGACCCGGCGCUCGUCGACGUCGUCUUCCUCGACCAAGCUGCCUCGAGCCGCCUCGCGUCACUCAAGGAGGUCGACUUCUCGUGCAUAUUCGACUCGCUCGUUCAGGACGGUUGCGAUGUCGUCGCCUGGGUCCGACGGCUCGCGUGCCUGCCCCGGCUCGCCGACCUCACCCUGUGCCAGACCUACCAGGACGACCCGAUCCUGCCCGCCAUGCCCGUCCCGCCGACCUUCCCUCGCCUGGAACGUUUGGUCCUCGAGCAAGGUCUGCUCGAAGACUGGCCCGGGUCGGGUUACUCGAGCCCUGCGCUGAGCCAGAUGGCCCCGAGCCUCGUCCACCUCGAGCUCAGGGGCCGGCAGGUCGGGUGGUUCGCCUCGACGCUCGCGUCCGCGCCCGUCGGCCUGCGCAUCCUCUCUCUCGCCAGCAGCGACGAGCAUUUCGACUGGGACCACAUGGCCGUGCCGAUCAACACCGUCCUUGCGCGCUUCAAGACGCUCGAGCAGCUGUUCCUGUGCCGGUGCGCGUUCGACACCUCCCUGCCGUCGAGCAUCGCCGACCUCGUCAUUCUCGACGAGCUCGUCUACCUCUCCUUCGAGGACGACGCCGUCGUUCCCGAUGCCUUCCUCGCCGCCCUCUUGGCCAACCCGUGCCACCUCCCGAACCUCGAAACCCUCGAGCUCAACAACGUCCGGUCGCGCAAGGGUCGCACCGUCGACUCGAUGCGUGGCGCUAUUCCGCCGUUCGAGACACGUCGCGAGUACCCGCACUGGCCCAUGUGGGACGGCUGGACCGAGCCCGAGUACCCGGACGGCUCGACGCGCCGAGGCCUGACCGAGGUCUGGGCAGCUGCAAACGAGAGGGGCAUCGCCCUCGUGGGCCAGACGCGCGUGUCGUUCGACUGGCAGGCGGCGUUCGAGGCCGAGCAGCGCGUCGCGCUCCUCGCGCUCGGCGACCUGACGGGCGACUACAAGCGCGCAAGGUCGGUCCUCGGCGCCGAGGCCGUCAACGCGCACAUCCUCGCGCGCUCGCGCAAAGCCGGAGGCGCCGGCAGGGGCGGCGAGGGCGGCGAGGGCGGCGAGGCGUGA